UAGACAUUUGUCUGGCGUUCGAAUGCUACGAAAUAUUAUACAACAAGAAUGCGAAACCGUUAGAAAAAAUUACAUUUAUAUACAUUCCAUGAUUGUUGCUGCGCGGUGAGUUGUCCGAGUUAUGGUCACUUCAAAUAUUUCGAUAACAUGGCAUCGUUAGAUGACGACUCGUUUUAUGAAAUUAAAUCACGCUUUGCUGACACUGUCAAAAAAUCCGAAUGGAUCCCUUUGUCUCUUACUUUAGUCGAAUAUCCUCAAGGUGAUUUAUUUGGAAAAUUUUUAGCCCUGAUAAGUUUGAUACCAUUUGUUAUUAUAGCUGGUUUUAUAACAUUGAUCCUAUUUAGAAGAGAUUUGCACACAGUAAGUAUUAGUUUUUUUAGUGGUGUUAUAUUUAACGAGUGUAUAAAUUUUAUAUUAAAACAUACAAUCUGUGAAGCAAGACCAAUGAAACGCAAUGCUGUUUAUGUUGAAUAUGGUAUGCCAUCAAUGCAUGCACAAUUCAUUUGGUUUUUUGCCAUGUACACUACGCUUUUCAUAUGCAUUAGGUUACAUCACGCUAAUAAUAGCAGCAUCUCAGAAAAAUUUUGGAGGAUUACUGUCAUAGCUGCUUGUAUAAUUGUUGCUAUUUUAAUGACAUACAGUAGAGUUUAUUUAUUAUAUCAUACUAACUCUCAGGUUCUGUGGGGUACAUUCAUAGGUCUUAUAUUAGGAGCAGUAUGGUUUGCAAUUACACACGUAGUUCUUACACCAAUUUUUCCUAUAAUUGUGUCAUGGCGGAUAUCAGAAUAUCUAUUAUUACGUGAUACGACAUUAAUUCCAAAUAUCCUCUGGUUUGAAUAUACAAAUAUUCGUACAGAGGCGCGAGCACGUUCAAGAAAGUUAGUGUCAAUGAAAUCGCAAUGACGCCUAAUGUCAGGCCAAUGGGCUGACAGUAAAUAGAAUAUAAAUAUUGAAGAAAACCAUAAACAUCAAAUGAACAAUUUCGACCAAACGAAUUAACGAAAAUUAAAGAUUCAUUUGGCUUGAAGGACUAACCAUCAACAAUCAAUAGCGUUGAAUUUUUUCAGUGAAAAUGUUUAAGUAUAUAAGGUGUUAGUACAAAUUUUGCAUAUAAAUUUUCAUAUUCAUACUAUAUAUAGGACGGGUGCGAUUUUUCAAUUUAGUUUCAACUUAGUUUCUCGUAAAUUAUUUAUAAUACGUAUUAUUAUUAUAUGCGUAUUACAUUUAUAAUACGUAUUUGAUAAAGGACAUUAUUACAAAUUUUUACAUUUGUGUCCUGUUCUGUAAAAACGUAUUGUUAUUUUGGCUUUUGCUAAUCAAGCUGUAUUUAAUUUGAAUGAAAGAUAAAUCUAGUGCAAUAAUGUUGUAAAAUAUGUAGCUCCAUCACUAAUUACAGUGAAGUAGAUUAUAUUUUAUUUCUAGAAAAAAGGCGAAUUGAACGCUUUUAGCUCGAGGAUUAUUGUAUCUUGCAUUUAUUCAAGGUUGUUACAUUGUUAAUAUUAUGACUCCUGUUUUAUUAUUCAAUUUUACAGUGUAUAUUCAGAUACUGCUUUUCCUUACUUUUGUAUAAUUUUUAUGGUUCUGAGUAUUGUAUACAGUUCCUUUUUUACUGCAGUAUAUUUAAGUACAUAAUGUAUAUAUUUAUCCCGGCGUUAAAAGAAAUUGCAAAUGAAAAGACAUAAGUAAUUAGCAAGCAGUUGGAUUGAAAGGUUAAUAUUUAAAUUAAAUUGCGUGAAAUCAAAAGCUUUAAACAGUAAUCAUUUCAAAUGUUCAUUUAUAGCGAAGAAGGUAACUGUGUAAACGACAAUUGCUGAUAAUUUAAACUGAUACAACUUUAUAAAAAAUGAUCAUACAGCGAUCUUUUUUUUUCCCUCCCAAAGUUAUAUCAACUUAAAUUAUCAACAAUUUUUCAUUGUCGUUAAUACAGUUAUGGUCUUCACUGUAUAACCGAAGUAGUUUCUAGAAAGAAAAAAAAAGAUAAAUUACGCUUGUACAUGAUAUGUAUGUUUAUUUUGUUUUAUACGUGAUACACACACACGCGCGCGCGCGCGCAAAAAAAGAAAAUAUUAGAAUUACAUGAUCAUUAUGUUGCUCAAUGAUUGAAUGUCGUUACAACGGUUACAUUGCAAAAGAAAAAGAAAAAAAAAUUCAAAAUUUGGUAUUGAAAAACUGAGUAAAGAUUUGUAAUUCUUUGAUCAAUGCGGACCUAUUACGAUGUAAAUACGCAAUAACAUUUUAUAAUUGAACUUUAAAUAAAAUUGAUGCACGGUAUGG